AAGAGGAAAUGUCAAAAAUCUCUUAAUUUGAGGCAGUUUGAGGUUAACAGCCGAGGAACGUUGUGUUUGUUUAAUUUGUAUAAUUUUUCAUUUAACAAAUUGAUAUAAACAUGGCAAAGUUUGAUUUAACAGCUCAAAUAGGGCAGUACCUAGAUCGACAUUUGGUUUUUCCCUUGUUAGAAUUCCUCUCCGGCAGGCAGAUUUACGAUGAAACGGAUUUGCUUAAAGCCAAAAUGGACAUUCUCAGUAAAACUAACAUGAUCGAUUACAUUAUCGAUAUAAGAAAACAAUUGUAUUCAACUUCCGAGGUCCCGGAGGACUUAAGACAGAGAAGAUCCCAUGUAGUGUCUCAGUUACAAGUUUUACAGCAGAAAGUAGAGCCUAUUUUACAAAUUAUGGCUAACGAUGAAGUGAUGAAGGGCAUGGAAAAUAUGCGCGAUUCCAAAACUCUUAUUGCGUAUUUGGAAAAGGAAUUUAAGUUUGAUCUUGAAAUGAUUAACUCACUUUAUACUUUAGGAAAAUACCGUUAUGAGUGUGGUAACUAUUCAGUAUCCACUUCAUAUUUAUAUUUCUGCAUGUUAGUGCUUCCUCAAAACGAUAAAAACUACUUGAACGCUUUGUGGGGUAAAUUUGCAUCGGAAAUUCUUGUCCAGAACUGGGACUCUGCAUUAGAAGACUUGAAUAAACUGAGAGAGUAUAUUGAUAAUACUCCAAAUCUAUUUGGAGGCAACAGUUUAAAGCUUCUUCAACAAAGAACUUGGUUGAUUCACUGGUCACUGUUUGUCUUUUUCAAUCAUGCCAUGGGAAGGGAAUUGAUUAUCGAGACUUUUUUGUAUAGGCCUCAUUACCUGAAUGCCAUUCAGACUAUGUGCCCUCAUAUUUUGAGGUAUUUGGCCACAGCUGUAAUUAUUAAUCGAGGAAGAAGAUCAGCUUUAAAGGACUUGGUAAAGGUAAUUCAGCAGGAAAGUUACACAUACAGGGAUCCUAUCACUGAGUUUCUGGAACAUCUUUAUGUAAACUUUGAUUUCGAUGGUGCAAGACAAAAAUUACAUGAAUGCCAGACAGUGCUUUUUAAUGACUUCUUCCUUGUCUCCUGCCACGAGGAGUUUGUUGAAAAUGCUCGGUUAAUGAUUUUCGAGACUUUCUGCAGAAUCCACCAAUGCAUCAGCAUAGGAAUGUUAGCAGAAAAACUUAACAUGAACCCCGAUGAAGCUGAAUGUUGGAUUGUGAAUCUAAUUCGAAAUGCUAGGUUAGAUGCAAAAAUUGACUCUAAGCUGGGUCAUGUCGUUAUGGGGGCCCAACCUUUGAGCCCCUAUCAACAGUUGAUUGAGAAAAUUGAUUCGUUAUCUGUAAGAUCAGAAGCUUUGUGCGGUUUAAUUGAUAGAAAAGUGAAAGCAAGGACAGAUGUAAGCUCCUACUAGCUGUUCUACCACAAAUAAACCUCUGAUUUCUUUUUUAAGAUUCGUUGGGGGAAUCAAGAGUUUUGAUUCAUUAUUUACUAAUUUCUAAUAACUGUUUAUACUUAAAUUAACAGAGAAUAAAAAAAAUCAUGUCAAAGUU